AGCCGAAACAUUUAAGAAGAAAUAUAAAUAUACCAUGAUACCUUCAAAGCGCGGGAAACAUUUGCUCAUGAUUGAAGGCUACACAUAUUCUCAGAUGAAGGAUUCAAGGAACUACUACUGUUCUAAGAAAGAUAGUGGUUGCAGAGCACGCGUGAAGCUUGAUGAGAUGGGCGGAAUAGCGAAUGCGCAGACAGAACAUCAACACCCACCGCCUAAAUAUUUGUUCACAUCCCAGGAAUUCGGGUACGAUAUUGUGACAUCGCAGAAAGGCAAGGACCUUAUACUUAUUGACGGAUUCACAUUUUCACAAGUUGUUAACUGCAACAACAGUUGGGUUUGUUCCACAAAAAAUCCCAAAUGCUUUGCGAGAUUACGUUUACAAGACGGUAAAAUCGUGAAGUUAUGCAACGAACAUUGUCAUCCACCUAAGAAAUACUUGAAAUGUGAUGAUGAAAUUACCAUUCAAACAGCGAAAUCACAAAAGGGCAAGGAUCUUAUAUUGCUUGGAGGAUACACAUUUACUAACAACGGCCAUUCAUCGCUUUGGUACUUCUUCAAAUUAAAAAAAGGUAUUGUGAUUGACAAAGUGAAGUGA